AUGCACCGCGCCAGGCAGCCUUUGAAAAAGCGGCGCGGCUCGUUCAAGAUGGCGGAGCUCGAUCAGCUGCCUGACGAGAGUUCUUCAGCAAAAGCACUUGUGAGCUUGAAAGAGGGAAGCUUAUCCAGUUCGUGGAAUGAAAAGUAUAAUUCUCUGCAGAAAACACCUAUUUGGAAAAGCAAGAAUGCUGGUUCUGCAGUGGAAAUGCCCUUCAGAAAUUCAAAACGGAGUCGACUCUUCUGUGAAGAAGAUGACAGACAAAUAAACACAAGGUCACCCAAAAGAAAUCAGAAGGUUGCGAUGGUUCCACAGAAGUUUAAUACAACAAUGCCAACACCAGACAAGAAAGCAUCACAGAAGAUUGGUUUACGGCUUCGUAACCUGCUCAAACUUCCCAAAGCUCACAAGUGGUGCAUAUACGAGUGGUUCUAUUCAAAUAUAGAUAAACCACUAUUUGAAGGAGAUAAUGACUUCUGUGUAUGCCUGAAAGAAUCUUUUCCAAAUUUGAAAACCAGAAAAUUGACGAGAGUAGAGUGGGGGAAAAUCAGGCGAUUAAUGGGAAAACCACGGAGGUGUUCCUCUGCAUUCUUUGAGGAAGAGAGAUCAGCGUUAAAACAGAAACGGCAGAAGAUAAGACUUUUGCAGCAGCGGAAAGUUGCAGAUAUUUCACAGUUCAAAGAUCUUCCAGAUGAAAUUCCAUUACCGCUUGUAAUAGGAACAAAAGUUACAGCACGUUUGCGAGGUGUCCAUGACGGACUAUUCACCGGACAAAUAGACGCUGUAGACACUCUUAAUGCUACAUACAGAGUGACUUUUGACAGGGCAGGUCUUGGAACACACACAGUCCCAGAUUAUGAAGUUCUUAGUAACGAGCCUCAUGAAACCAUGCCAAUUGCUGCCUUUGGACAGAAACAACGGCCUUCAAGGUUCUUUAUGACCCCUCCCCGAUUGCAGUAUACACCUUCACUCCAGUCUCCAAUUACAGACAGUGAUCCUUUAUUAGGACAGUCUUCGUGGAAAAGCAAAAUUUCAGGCACAGAUAGUGAAACACUAGGAGGCUUUCCAGUAGAAUUCCUCAUUCAAGUGACCAGAUUAUCGAAAAUCCUUAUGAUCAAGAAGGAACACAUCAAACAAUUGAGAGAGAUGAAUACAGAAGCAGAAAAGCUGAAAUCCUAUUCUAUGCCAAUAGGCAUUGAGUUUCAGAGGAGAUACGCAACUAUUGUUCUAGAUCUAGAACAACUAAACAAAGACUUAAAUAAAGUUUUGCAUAAAGUUCAACAGUAUUGUUAUGAGCUUGCUCCUGACCAAGGCCUCCAGCCUGCCGACCAACCGACAGAUCUGAGGCGUAGGUGUGAAGAGGAGGCUCAGGAGAUCGUCAGGCAAGCCAAUUCCUCAACAACAGGACAGCUUUGUGUUGAGAGUGAAAAUUUAACUGAUCUUAUCUCUAGACUUACAGCAAUAUUACUGCAAAUUAAGUGUCUAGCAGAAGGAGGUGAUCUGAAUUCCUUUGAAUUUAAAUCACUAACAGAUUCAUUAAAUGACAUUAAGAAUUCAAUAGACGCCUCAAAUAUCAGUUGUUUUCAGAAUAACGUUGAGAUCCAUGUUGCACAUAUUCAGAGUGGUCUGAGCCAGAUGGGCAAUUUACAUGCUUUUGCAGCUAAUAACACCAACAGAGACUGAAAAUUUUCUUUCAAGUGUACAGCAAGUAUUCUGGAAAGUCCUCUUCCUUUAUAUAGGCUUCACCAAAUAUCCUAACUGCCAGAAGAUAAGGGGAAAGAAAACCUCUC